AAGGCAUUAUCGGAUGUGCAGAGUUUGCGUUUUCUCCGCCUUGACAGUGGUGCUUGAAGCCGAGAGGGUCAGGGGGAGGAGAGGCAAGUGAGUGUGGAGCGAGAAUACGACAGGAGAAGAUCCUCCACAGGGUGACCAAUUUAACCGAGCCAUCCUUGACCAGCCUGGCUACAAAUGCUCCUCCACCCUGGCCGCUCCGACCGACCAGCGCGGAGAAUCGGAUUGUCAGCUGCAGUCGUGUCCGGGAAUAGAAACAGAAGAUGAUCACAAGCCAGCAGAAGCCGUGGAGAUAGGCCUGGCACUCGAGUCUUAUUUAAAUUAGGCUCUGCUUGCUGGGUGUGGCACCACCAUCUGGAGUUUGGUGUGUCAGUCGGCCCGCUGUUUACUCCCAGCCUCCGGCCGUGCAACACGGCGCCUGCAAACCUCUCCUCUCUUCGUCAAAAUUUCUUCCAGGGGGAUAAAUGAGUGAACCGGUCGUAAGGGAAAGGGCUGGAACAUGUACCAGAACCCUGACAGAAUGUCCUGGUUCAGUGGUCUCCUAGUUGCCCGAGUGGAUGACCGCAAGACUGCGUGGGGUGAACGCAAUGGCAAGAAGUCCAAACGGAAGGGAGGCUCUUCUCUCUGCAGCCCGCGUUACAUGAGCUGUCUGCGGGACCCGGAUGCUAUGGAGCCCCCUUCCGGAGCCCCCCUCCCUCAGCACCAUCGUGGAGGGGUGGCCGGGGCUAUCGGAGGCGGGGGCAACUUUGGCGUCCGCUGCGGAUGGCAGGAGGAUCACUACGGCAAGAGGGGAGGGGCUCCCGGGGAAGGGGUGGGGCUGAAAUCAGUUGACUUGGGCUUCGAGGAUGGCGAAUUGAAAGGCAGGAAAGGGGGAUGCAAUGGAGGAAGCGGUGACAUGGGAGACGAGAGUCCCAACGGGGCAGGAGGGGUGGUGACGGCGGCAGACUGCUGGCUCAGGGUGUUGCGUGUAUUCCAGUCAAAAAAAUUCCAGUCCUGUAAACUGGAACGCCUUUACCAGCGUUACUUCUUUAGGCUGAACCAGAGCUCCUUGACCAUGCUCAUGGGGGUGCUUGUGAUCGUGUGCGGCAUCAUGCUGACCUUCCACUGUGUCCACGCCGCUCCAGACGUGGCCUACUCGUCAGCCCUUUCCGUGGCCAUGGCUCUCUUCAUGGCUCUCAUGGUGGUUUGCAACCGCAACGGCUUCCACCAGGACUACAUGUGGAUGGUCAGUUACCUGGUGAUUGGAGUCCUUUUGUUGGUGCAAGUGUUCGGAGUGUUCAUGGUGGCGCCCAGGAGUGCUUCAGAAGGAAUCUGGUGGUCUGUGUUCUUCAUCUACAUCAUCUACACGCUGCUUCCCGUCAGGAUGAGGGCUGCGGUGCUGAGUGGAGCGGUGCUGUCCAUCAUUCACGUGGUGACCACAUGGCAGAUGAACCAGGAAGACAAGUUCCUCUGGAAACAGGUGAGCGCCAAUGUCCUCAUCUUCCUGUGCACCAACAUCAUCGGCAUCUGCACCCACUACCCGGCUGAGGUUUCCCAGAGACAAGCGUUUCAGGAGACCAGAGGCUACAUCCAGGCCAGGCUCCACCUGCAGAGGGAGAAUCAGCAGCAGGAACGUCUGUUGCUUUCAGUGUUGCCAAGGCACGUUGCCAUGGAGAUGAAGGCUGACAUCAAUGCCAAGAAGGAAAACAUGAUGUUUCAUAAGAUCUACAUCCAGAAACACGACAAUGUCAGUAUUCUGUUUGCAGACAUUGAGGGUUUCACCAGCUUGGCGUCCCAAUGCACAGCACAGGAGCUGGUCAUGACACUCAAUGAACUCUUUGCCCGAUUCGACAAGCUGGCGUCGGAGAACCAUUGUCUCCGCAUCAAAAUUUUAGGCGAUUGUUACUACUGCGUGUCGGGGCUGCCCGAGCCGCGCGCCGACCACGCCCACUGCUGCGUGGAGAUGGGCGUCGACAUGAUCGAAGCCAUCUCGUUGGUGCGUGAGGUGACGGGGGUCAACGUCAACAUGCGCGUCGGCAUCCACAGUGGGCGUGUCCACUGCGGCGUGCUGGGACUCAGGAAGUGGCAGUUUGACGUGUGGUCGAAUGACGUCACACUGGCCAAUCACAUGGAGGCGGGGGGCAAAGCAGGGCGGAUCCACAUCACCAAGGCCACACUGCAGUACCUGAAUGGAGAUUAUGAAGUGGAGCCAGGCUAUGGAGGAGAGAGGAACGCGUAUCUGAAGGAAAACAGCAUUGAGACCUUCCUGGUUCUGGGCUGCAGCCAGAAACGGAAGGACGAGAAGGCGAUGAUGGCGAAGAUGCAGCGGACGAGGGCCAACUCUAACGAGGGGCUGAUGCCGCGCUGGGUGCCUGACAGAACUUUCCCAAGGACCAAAGACUCCAAAGUCUUCAGACAAAUGGGGAUUGACGAGUCCUCCAGUAAAGACAACCGAGGUGUUCAGGAGGCCAUGAACCCAGAAGAUGAGGUGGAUGAAUUUCUGGGGCGAGCCAUUGAUGCUCGGAGUAUUGACCAGCUCAGAAAAGAUCACGUCAAGAAGUUCCUUCUCACCUUCCAGACGUCCAGUCUGGAAAAAAAGUAUUCCAAGAAAGUUGACGACCGCUUUGGGGGAUAUGUUGCCUGUACUCUGCUAGUAUUCUGCUUCAUUUCUUUCAUACAGAUUGUCGUCUUUCCACACACUCCAGUGAUGCUGGGAAUCUACAUCAGUAUCUUCAUCAUCCUCGCCAACAUUCUCUUCAUCUGUGCCAUAUACUCUUGCAUCAAGCUCUUCCCAGCUGCAAUGCAAACCGUUUCGAAGAAGAUUGUCCAGUCUCGCACCAACAGCACCCUGGUUGGAGUUUUCUCCAUCAUCCUUGUCUUCAUCUCUGCCUUUGUUAAUAUGUUCGCCUGCGACACCCAGAGCUUGACAGAAUGCGUCGCCGAGAAGCUGAACACGUCUGCAGGCCUGGUGACACCGUGUCUGAUCCGCAGCUUGAAUGUGUCCAUCGAAGGAGGCCUGGAGAGCUGCCCCAGCCAAGGGCCCUCCUGCCCCUUUCCCGAGUAUUUCAGCUACAGUGUGCUGCUGACGCUGCUGGCCUGCUCCGUGUUCCUGCAAAUCAGCAGCAUAGGGAAGCUGGCCCUCAUGCUGCUCAUCCAGCUCACCUUCCUGCUGCUCGUGGAGUGGCCACAAGUAGCACUAUUUGACAACGCAGACCUCUUUGUCACCUCCAAUGCCAUUGCUUUAAAUGAAACCAGUUGGUCCAGUUUCAAUGAAACUACAGUUGAGUGCCCAUACUCUGUGACCAAAGUGUCCCUGCGGGUCAUGACUCCUGUGAUCCUCACAGUCUUCGUCCUGGCGCUGUACCUGCACGCACAACAGGUUGAAUCUACGGCCCGCCUCGACUUCCUCUGGAAACUACAGGCCACCGAGGAGAAGGAAGAGAUGGAGGAGCUGCAGGCCUACAACCGCCGCCUCCUUCACAACAUCCUGCCGAAAGACGUGGCUGCUCACUUCUUGGCUCGAGAACGGCGCAACGAUGAGCUGUACUACCAGUCCUGUGAGUGCGUAGCCGUCAUGUUCGCAUCCAUCAGCAAUUUCUCUGAGUUCUACGUGGAGCUGGAGGCCAACAACGAGGGGGUUGAGUGUCUCCGUCUGCUCAAUGAGAUCAUCGCUGACUUCGAUGAGAUCAUCAGUGAAGAGAAGUACAGGCAGCUGGAGAAGAUCAAGACCAUUGGUUCUACCUACAUGGCGGCCUCCGGUCUUAACGACUCCACUUAUGACAAAGAGGGCCGUUCUCAUAUUACAGCGCUAGCAGACUAUGCUAUGAGACUGAGAGAGCAGAUGAAAUAUAUCAAUGAGCAUUCCUUCAACAACUUCCAGAUGAAGAUAGGUCUGAAUAUUGGGCCAGUGGUAGCAGGAGUUAUUGGCGCCCGGAAGCCCCAGUAUGAUAUUUGGGGAAACACAGUAAACGUGGCCAGUCGCAUGGACAGCACAGGUGUACCUGACCGCAUUCAGGUGACCACAGACCUCUACCAGGUGCUUGAUAGCAAAGGAUACGUGCUGGAGUGCCGUGGAGUCGUUAAGGUCAAAGGUAAAGGGGAAAUGACAACCUACUUCCUAAACGAUGGGCCACCUAACAGCUAGCAGCCAUGGCAGCAGCGGACGCUGGGUCGGUACCCACUGCAAGGACACGGCACCACUGAGCGAGACUCACAGCGCAAGCGAAACAGCUGAGAACUACAAUCGCCAUCACUUGAAUCCCAAGCAAAGAGGAAAACAUGAACUUUUAGGACUCCGGAGAAGGGGAAGCGUUCUCGACGGGAGGAGAAAGCUCUUGUUUGACAGCCAUCUCGG